UCUCUUUCCAAAACCUUGAGAUAUUCCCAGACACGAAGACCCUCCCCAUCCCUUUCACCCUCCCACCUCCUCCCUCCCAGUUGGUCAGAACCAGGGAAUAGCAUGCAGUGUCAGUUUUGCCUUCGAAGUGAACGGGUGUGCAUUGUGUCUGCUCAGAAGGAGCUGUAAGUGGGUCUGUGAUUGUACGAGGACAAAAUCUACGGUUCAUACAGAUGUGCAGAGGGAGUUUGACCGGGAAAUGGUACCAUAUACUUCACUUUCCAUCUGAAGACGAGCCUUUCGGCGCCUGUACACAAUCAAUCUAUAAUUAUACAG